AUAAAUAUUUAUCCGUCAUCUGUCUCUCCCACGUUGGGUUUGUUUUGGUGGCAGACCCCGACCUCCCAGUUAUUGAAAUUUAGUAACUGGAAAUGCCACCCAAAAAGGCUGCAGCUCCUGAGCCCCGGCCACUGAUUGGCCGUGUGGGAACAAAUCUGAAGGUUGGCAUUGUUGGUCUUCCUAACGUUGGCAAGUCGACCUUUUUCAAUGUCCUCACCAAAUCAUCGGCACAAGCUGAGAACUUCCCCUUUUGCACCAUCGAUCCAAAUGAAAGUAGGGUACCUGUACCAGAUGAGAGAUUUGAGUUCUUGUGUCAGUUCCACAAACCUGUCAGCAAAGUUCCUGCAUUCUUGAAUGUGACUGACAUUGCUGGCCUAGUGAAAGGUGCAGCCGAGGGGCAAGGCUUGGGAAAUGCCUUCCUCUCUCACAUCAAGGCCUGCGACGCACUCUUUCAUCUAACUCGGGCAUUUGAAGAUGAUGAUGUGACUCAUGUGGAAGGAGAUGUUAACCCUGUUCGUGAUUUGGAAAUUAUUCUUGAUGAGCUGCGAUUGAAGGAUAUCGAAUAUAUCGAAGCAGUGUAUGAUAAGCUGUUUAAAUUGGUGGAGCGAGGUGGAGAUAAGAAGCUGAAGCCCGAGUUUGACUGUGUUUGCAAGGUUAGAACACUCUUGCAAGAGGAGAAGAAACAUGUGCGAUUUGCUGAGUGGGACAGCAAAGAGAUUGAAGUGCUAAAUAAGCACUUGCUUAUAACCAGUAAACCUAUGAUCUACUUAGUGAACCUGUCUGAGAAGGACUACAUCAGGAGGAAAAAUAAAUGGUUGGUGAAGAUUAAGGAGUGGAUCGACGCCAACGACCCCGGCGCCAUCCUCAUUCCGUUCUCCGGGGCCCUGGAACUGCGACUGGCGGACAUGGAACCGGAGGCGAAGGCCCAGUACAUCAAGGACAGCGGCAUUUCCAGCGCCCUGGACAAGAUCAUUGUGCAGGGCUACAAGGCCCUCACCCUUAUGUACUUCUUCACCGCCGGACCGGACGAGUGCAAGGCUUGGACUAUUCAGAAAGGCACAAAGGCCCCCCAAGCAGCUGGAAAGAUUCACACAGACUUCGAGAAGGGUUUCGUCAUGGCUGAAGUGAUGAAAUUCGACGAUUUCAAAGAGGAAGGUUCUGAAGCUGCGUGUAAGGCUGUUGGGAAAUACCACCAAAGAGGUCGCAACUAUAUUGUAGAGGACGGUGAUAUAAUAUUCUUCAAAUUCAACACUGGUGGUCUUAAGAAGAAGUGAGACAGGGUAUUGCUAGUGGUUCUGGUGGUGUUUUAUGUCCAAAUGGUUGCAUUGUUUAUUUGCACUCAUCUGUGACCUGUUAAGUAAAUCCUUAUUCACGACAGCAAUCGGUCUUUCAUUACCCUCCCCCCCCCCUCGUUUUCCCUUUUGUAACAAAGUUUUAUUUAUCAUUUCAACUUCAGAAUUUAUUUUAAGGUUUAAAAGUUGCCAGUGUAUAAUUAUGAUGUAUUUACCAGUAAGAAAUUAGUAUUUUUAAGUUCAGCAUGUUUGUGACCGAGUGAUGCUUAGAUCUCAUUACAUAAUAUUUGUAAAACCCAUGUGUCUUUUUUUUAUUUGUAUAUAAAGAAAUACUGAUAUUUUUAUUACAAGUUGUCCUGUCUUAAGUGCUGUACAUUCUUGUUUAAUAAUUUUUGUGUGUAAUUAUUGCCGACUUUUAGUGACUUUUGCGAAUGCUCGAGAGGACGGGCUGUGAUAAUAUAGGAUCAAUUAACAUGUUUUAUUUCUAUUGAAACACAAACUUUGAUUUCCUUUUUGACAGCUUUAAAAAGCUAUUAAAUAUGAACGUGUAAUGGUCACCAGAACAUUAGCAAUCUUUGUGAACUAUAACAACAGUAUUGUAUAUACCUGUACAGUACAUGUUUAUGUAUGUAUGGAUGGAUGGAUGGAUAUGUGUGUGUACGUAACAUUCUAAUAUGCUCUGUAAUUGACUUGUGUGUUACGUUAUCAAAGUAAAAGCAAAGAAACUUUUUAAUUACUGUACUGGUAUUUUGCAGCAUUGCUUACGCCCAGUUUUAUCACACUAGUUAUGAAGGAAAUAUAUUAUUCCUUGAUAAGAUUUUCUGCAGCACAUUAUGGCAUCUAGGGCAAUAGUAGACCAUGUGUAAAUAUAAUAGAGAGAGAGAGAGUAAGGGCUGUCCUUUUAACUUGCCGGGUAUGCAGGCUUCCAAGAAACAAGGUAUGGUAAAGAUUAAUUUUACACACAUCUCAUAUGGUUCACAUUAUUCUUUUAGUACAGUACCGUACAGUACAGAUGGUUUUCCAAAAUUAGACAUUUUGGUCUUGAUAAAAAACAUGACACAAAUAAUCUAGAAACAACACUACUAGCUGAUCAAAGUCCCUGUGUAUUUAUGUAUCUGCAUAAAAUGCAUGACAUGCCAGGCUAAUUCGCAUUGGAACCACUCUGCCCUUGCUUUGCAAAACCUAGACACCACCAUUUGUCACCCAUAAGUGAUCCAAAAAUCAUUAUGGCCUUGGUUCUGAACAGUGAGGUUUUAGGAGAUUUGUGUGUAUUUAGGUUUGUACAUAAGUUGUUGCAUUCACUUAUUUGUAGGCAAAUAUAAAGGUUUGUGUGCUAAUCCAUUUUUUGCCUGAAACCCUCUGAAAACAUUAUAUGGGUGGCUGCUGUCAUGGUGAGGGGUAAUCACAGAUCCCCCUGCUCUUUCUGCUUCUGUAAAUGGGUGGGGCCAGGUUUUGGCCUCGCACUUCAAUAAUAAUCACCAGAAAAGUAAGGUGACAAGGUAGCAAGGCAAGUCAAUAACUUGACAAACGAUCCACUCAGUUAGAUCCACCCUCGAGUUCCAACUGCCCACCUCAAGGUGCCGGUACUAUGAGUUCAUGGAUCAGUCAGUGAGCCACCUCAGUCAAUUGCCUGGUGCACCCUUGGUUGUUAAGGUUCCCGGUUCCAAUUGGUGCUUGAUCCAUCAGCACCGCACAGUAGUGUGGUCUUGGCUUAUGUGCUUUUGUUCCUUCUUUUUGUUCUUCCCUUGCCUUGUUAGGCAGGACGGGGGCAGUGAGUUGUUGCGGGUCACUGGACUCCUGUUUGUUCCUAAGUUCACCUUUUGCUUGAUUCUGAUCAUAUGUGCAUGUUGGUUUGGCUGACUUUACUGUCUUCCUUCUGCAAAUCCUAGAUUUCCAAAAAUUUUGGUUGACACUCAGCAGUAAUGUUUUAAGCUGGGGUCUUGAGUGCUCUUGUUUUGUUGGGAUUCGGCAUUGACACAUCAUCAGUGUCAUUUUACAAAUUGUCUUGUGUGUUUUUUCUCCUCUAGCCUGCUCUUUCCCCUUAGUCUUCUUGAUCCUUUGAUUGGGAUUUUGGCUUAUAUUUUGUCACGCUUUUCUGUCACCCCUUGGGUCUGUGACUUUUUCCAUAAAGUUUGAUUUUUGUUGGCCCUCACUUCUAGUACUGUAUUUUGGUUGGGAAGGUUCAUGCUCUCCUUCAAAUGCAAGAGUUCGGUUUUUUCAACCCAGUCUGUCGUAUUCUUUUGUUCAGAGUAAAUCCAUUGGGUCUGUAUAGUAUUGUGGACUGUUUCAGCUGUUUAUCAAGGAAAAUAUUUAUAAUGACUGAUAAGAAGAGUUAUGGUGAUGCACUAGUGCCAAGGGAGAGGAGACCCAUUACCUAAAAAUGAAGGUAAAGAUAAUUGAGUGCUCCGAAAAGGGAGAAAUGUCAAUACUGACUGCGCAUGUUUAGAAAUUGGAGUGUGGGAUAAAAUUAUAAUGGUAAAAUCUCUUGGCAGUUGGGUCUUUGCGUGUGACAGGUUGACUUUACAAUUUUCCUCAGUAAAUUUUGCUAGCUGAGCAUGACAAAGUGGUAUAAGUGGUAGCUUUAGUUUUGCUUCAGAUAUGUUUUGAAGGUUUCAUUGCAUUAAUUAAAGGACCAAAAUAUUAACAAUCUAUAGUAGCUAGUGACUCGGAUGACUUGCCAAUAUCUGCAACCUAUGCAUCAUUACCUUCUUUUGCCUAUUCUUUUACCUCUUCAAAAGCAUUGUGCAACACGUAGGGCAACUCCAUCAUUCAAGAAAUCUCCAUCAGAGAUAAAUCAUAUUUUUUAAAUAUUAUUUUCACCCAAGAUUUUUGUUAGUAUGUUGAUUUUUGGUGAUCUAAAAAUGCAUCCCCCUAAUUCUAGCAUUGUGCCUCCGGGUAUGCUGACAUGUGCAUAUCUCGAGAGGGAGGCUUGAUACUUAAAAGGAACAACGAGAUUGUGAUUGAUAAAAAAGUGUUUGUUUUUAUUUUGAUAUGCAGAGCAAGUGUUUCUGGAAAGCAUCUUUAGAGAUCUGUAUUCAGACGUGCAGGUAUGAAUGCAUAACGUCCAUUGUAGCUUAGAACAUUAUGUGCCUUGCUGAGUCGCAUCAUACUUGUCAUGGUCAGAGGACAUUUAAAAUAUGAAAAUAUCAAUCAAGAUGAUAAAAAGAUCACUCAAUGAACAUAUUACACAAUGAGAUGAUUGAUUUUUUUGGUAUUGUCAGAUAUGAUAAAAUGUUACCAAUAUUGUUACUGUAUUAUAACAAUACAAUAUUUAUUUCAUGUAUAAUGCAUGAUUUGCAGUAUAUCUGCUAUACCAUUAGUUACAAAGAACUGAUAUAUGGUUGAACUAGCAAGAUUUUCUUAUAAUAUAUUCAUGCAAAACAGUACAGUACUUAGCAUAACCUGAACAGAAUGCAGUUAUUGUUUAAAGGUUCACCCUCUAUUGAUUUGUUUUAAUUAAAGAUAAAUAUAUAUUAGUGACAAUUAUUGUUGUAGCCCAUUAUCUUAUUGGUUAAGUAUUUUGAGGUUUAUGUGUAUAUAAGCAGUGCUUCAAUGUUACACUUGCUUUUAUUUGUGCAUCUGUUUAACAAUCAUAACUUUUAGUAUUUAUUGACACAAGUUCCUGAUAUUAUCAGUAUGCAUGCUGCUAUGCUAAUAAUGUAAUACUCAUGCCAUUGGCAUGAAGUUAAUAUGUAAUCCAUAAUUAGCUCAAGGAUUUUAAAAUGCCUUAAAAUUUUCUUAAAAUUCAAUUCUAAAGGUGAUGAAAAUCGGUGAUAUUAUCGACCCAUACAGGCAAAGGGAUUUUUUCCCCAAGCUAUAAACAUGAAUGAAUAUAAAUUGGUAUUAGUAUUAUUAAGUAUUGGUUUCAAAUAUUAACUUCAAGUUUGGAAACUUGCCCUGGAUGUGUUACGUGCAUCAUUGUAUGUGUGCCACCAGAUACUGUACUGGUGGCGUGAUCCAAUAUUCAGAAAAUAGGUUGUCGUAAUCAUCACUACUGGUACAUGUAUGCUCCUUGACGACGUCAAACAUAAAUCUUGCAUGUUGGCAAAUGUUUAAAAAAAAAAAAAAAAAAAAAAAAUGAACAAGAAUGUUCUCUUGUAGGUGCAUAUGCACGUUUUGCUGCUCUUCAUUUGCAUAAGCAAAAUGUUAUGUAACUGCUGCAUUGAAACAGAAUGUCACUUUAAAAUAAGGUAAGAACUGUGUUGCCAUCUUAUUCAUGCCCCAUCAACAUUUUGCCUUAAUUAGCUCUCUCUGAAAAAUGGAAGACUUCCAGUCUGUUUGAAAAUAGGCUUAAGGCCUAGCACAUAUUUACUACUAAAUUUCAAAUGUUGGUAAACCUGAUAUUUGUUGAAUUUCUGUCAAUCUGUUUAACAGUAAUAUCAUAAUACUAGUAAUUUAGAUUUGUAAGAGUAAACUGCAGUGUGACUAUGCUUCAUUCACCAUAACUUAAACUUAGUAUUUUAUAAUGAACUAAUUAGUAAUGGAACUAGUGAAUUCUUAAAACAUUUAGAGAGGUUACUCUCAUGGUUGUUGUAUGGCAAUUCAUUACUAAGCUCAGAGUAUAAAUGAUCUUCAUACUUUCAAGAGCAAUGCAUUAUUAUCCAGCACCCAUAUAGAGUAUCUACAAAUACUUAUUUUAAUCUAUAGUAUUUUGUAGAUCCUAUUAGAUCUGAAUCAUUAAAGAAUUAUAUUACUACAAAUCAGUUUGCAAUUCUAAGCCAAGAACCAUUGCUAAUGAUAACAAGUGAUGUGUUUUUCUGGAUUAAGUCCAUUUUAUUUUAUUUAAAUUUAAAUCUAGGCCUAGCAAAAAUAUAUUAUCGAAUAAGAUACCUGAAUAAUGCCAAAAUAAAAAAGUCGAGCAGCAGUUGAAACACAGCAAAAUUAAAACACCCUUAACUUUUUCCAUGUAAUGGCAAACAUCAUUUCCUGUUUUCAUCAAAUCUGCCUCAUUAUUCUCAAUAAUUGUGCUGCUUUGUAUUCAAACUGAAAAAAGUCAUAGCUUAA